AUGGCCGCGACAAACGUUGGGGUCCCGAUCUCGCUACUGCACGAGGGCGAGGGCCGGACCGUGACCGUCGAGCUGAAGAACGGCGAAGUGUACCGAGGCCACUUGAGCGAGAGCGAGGACAGUAUGAACUGCCAGCUGAGCGACGUGGUCCUGACGCAACGGGACGGUCAGAAGUCCAAGCUGGAGCUCGUGUACGUGCGCGGGUCGCAGAUCAAGUUGGUGAUUCUGCCGGAGCUUCUCAAGAACUCGCCACUGCUGAGCAAAGUGCAGGCCCUGAGUAAGAAGAACGAGGAGCAGAAGCAGAAGAAGAGCAAGCACGUUAAGAACAAGGACGGCGCCAAGGCUCCAGGCCGCAGUGGCGGUAGACGCGCGGGCUUUGGUGGGUCUGCUUUGGCUUCUGUACUCGUUGACCUGUUCGGAUGCACUCGCCCGUCCCGCCACUUCUACUAG